CAUAGAGCAGUCAAGUUGAUUCAAACGCUACUCCGGCCAACUGGGUAGAUAUGUUAUCUCCCCUGUCCAUCUUGUGAUCCACUGUACACAAACAUAGCUGGUGUUAGAAGAUGUCUUUUUCUGUGGAAGGUUUCGUUGCCGCCACUUUCACUCCCUUCAAGGACAAUGGUGAUGUUAAUCUAGACGCCAUCGAUCAGUACCAGGAGUUUCUUGUACAGCAAGGAAUCCAACAUGUUUAUAUUAACGGGACGACGGGGGAAGGGACAUCACUCACGACAGACGAGAGAAAACUAAUCGCCGAGAAAUGGAAGGAGUUAUCUCUCUUACCAGGAAGAUACAUGAAAGUACUUAUCCAAGUCGGUGGAACAAGUUUUAAGGAGACUUGUCAGCUGGCCGAGCAUGCUGCUAGUAUAGGAGCAGACGCUAUUUCUACUUUAGCGCCAUUAUACCUCCUGCCUCAAAAUAUCGACGAGUUGGUCGACUUCUGCCGACAGGUGGCAGCAAGAGCGCCCUCUGUGCCGUUCUAUUACUACCAUAUACCUGACAGGACAGGUGUAAGGUUCGACAUGGAGCAGUUUCUCGUCAGAAGCCGUCACGUGAUCCCCACCCUGCGGGGCGUCAAGUUCUCCAGCAAAGACCUGUACGAGGGCAGCAGGUGCUUGCGGACGUCUGACGCCCAGGGAAACCUGUUCGACAUUCUGUUCGGGUGUGACGAGCAAGUGAUGUCAGCGUUCGUCAUUGGCUUCAAGGGCGCCAUUGGCUCCACCUACUCACUGAUGGCUGGCACCUAUCACAAGUUGAAGGACGCCUUGAGCAACGGGCAGAUCCAAGAGGCGCGAACAUUUCAGUACAGGAGCGUUGAUCUGGUCAAAGUUUGCUGUGAAUUCGGUGGACAAGCUGGCGGGAUAAUACCCGCCAUGAAAGUAGUGCUCUCUAAACUCGGUGUUGACAUCGGACCACCGAGAUUUCCCAUGAGACCUCUGAGCGAUGCCCAUCAGGCGGACCUCUUGGGGCGACUCGCAGAGAUCGGCUUCUUCCAUUGGUGACCCAGCGCUAGUCUACACAUUCUGACGUGAUCUGGUCAAGUUUGAACUUUUUGACAUGAUCUGGUCAAGUUUGAACAUUUGACGUGAUCUGGUCAAGUUUGAACCUUUUGACGUGAUCUAGUCAAAUUUGAACUUUUUGACGUGAUCUAGUCAAAUUUGAACUUUUUGACGUGAUCUGGUCAAAUUUGAACUUUUUGACAUGAUCUAGUCAAAUUUGAACUUUUUGACGUGAUCUGGUCAAGUUUGAACCUUUCGGCGUGAUCUGGUCAAGUUUAAAUUUUUUGACGUGAUCUGGUCAAGUUUGAACUUUUUGACGUGAUCUGGUCAAGUUUAAACUUUUUGACGUGAUCUGGUCAAGUUUGAACUUUUUGACGUGAUCUGGUCAAGUUUGAACCUUUUGACGUGAUCUGGUCAAGUUUGAUACUGUCAGACCUGUCUCUACUCAUGCGCGAAGCGGUAUGACAAUGCCAAGUGCAAUAUAAAAAACAAAAGAAAAACAUUUGUCAAAUAAACUUUUGUUGACAAAAAAAGUUCAAUAA